AGAGAGAGAGAAGAAGAAGAAGUUAGAGAGGGAAAGAAGAAGUUAGAGAGAGAAAGAGGAGAGAGAGAGAGAUCUUGGGACGUGAAUGACGACUGGUGAACAAUUGGAGUUGCCGCCGGGAUUCAGGUUUCAUCCGACGGACGAGGAGCUUGUGAAUCAUUACUUGAUAAGGAAAUGUGCUUCGCUUCCGAUUUCUGUUCCGAUUAUCAAAGAAAUCGAUCUCUACAAGUUUGAUCCAUGGCAACUACCUGAAAUGGCGCUUUACGGAGAAAAAGAAUGGUAUUUCUUUUCGCCAAGGGACAGGAAAUAUCCGAACGGGUCACGGCCGAACCGGGCCGCGGGGAGGGGCUAUUGGAAGGCGACUGGGGCCGACAAGCCCAUUGGAAAGCCCAAACCAUUGGGAAUCAAGAAGGCCCUGGUUUUCUACUCCGGGAAAGCCCCUAGAGGAGUCAAAACCAACUGGAUCAUGCACGAGUAUCGCCUUGCCAAUGUCGAUCGCUCUGCUUCCAAAAAGAACAACUCCAGGUUAGACGAUUGGGUAUUGUGUCGAAUUUACAACAAAAAGGGUAACGUAGAGUUGAAAAACUACCCAACGGGGCAAAAUUUUGAGGAAUUAAACUCGGAAUUUGAGGACAAGAAGCCGGACAUUGCGUUGCGUAAUUUCCCCAACGACCGCUUGUACAUGGACAUGUCGGAUUCUAUACCGAAGCCGCACUCGCACACGCACACGACGGACUCGAGCUGCACGGAGCACGUGCUCUCGCCCGAGAUCACGUACGACAACAGAGAGGUUCAAAGUCAACCCAAAUGGAAUAACGGCUUUGAGAACAAUAACAAUGCCUUUGAUAACUUCAACUACAUGGAAGGGUUCUUGGAUCAAGACCCUUUUGGCUCUCAAGUUCAGUUCCAAUUGGACCAGCUCUCUCCCUUGCAAGACAUGUUCACGUUCCUACAGAAACCUUUUUAGAUUUUUAAUAACCCACACCAAAAAUUAUACAAAAAAAAUAUAUAUAUAUAUUUAUUUAUGUAUAGAACAAUGUUAGGAGACAUCAGAGGUCGCGCUUUUCAACACCACCCCGCUAAUAAAAAGUGAAUCACACGAUAUGGGAUUCGAUUCACUUUGUAUUAGUUGUGUACCGAAUGCUGUCAAAACAUUUUUCAUGCCUAUAUUGAUAACCUUAAUAUGGGCCCAAUAUUAUCUUAUUGAAAUUUAGGUAACUCAAGAUUGAGUUGAUCGUCCUUGUAUUGUGGCCGUGGCAAUCUUUGUCUGGCCCAAUGUUAGGUGGAGUCGGUGGGAAAUGACAGUCUGGAUUGAUCAUGAUUCAGCAUGGUCACCAGAUCCUACGGCGGCUAGUGGUAGCAAGUUAGCCACCAUGUUAAUAGUAGUAUAUAUAGUAAUAGUAGCACGUGACGACAUUUCUUGUAGAAAAUUACUGGAAUGCUUCACAUUGUAUUUUGUAACAAGAAUUUUUUUUAUUGGAAUAUUGGUUGAAUAUGAAAAUUUUUCAACGUGGUGGCCCCACAUAUAAGAGGGUGGAACUAUA